GUCCUGUUGCAGUGAUUGUAGCCUGAUACUUUAUGCUAACAGGUGGGAAUAUGUCUGCGUCUCUCAGAGGGUUUAAACGCCGUUUUUCGGCUCUCUGCCCGGUGGGUUUUACUUCACAGCUUCGGAGGAAUUCGCCGGUGAGAUGUGUGGAGGGUGGUCGGCGGCUGUCACACACACAAACAGCAGGAGGAAACCUUCGACCACUGGAGGGUGUCACAGUGUUAGACCUGACAAGAGUUCUGGCUGGUCCCUUUGCCACUAUGAUCCUGGGAGAUCUGGGAGCUGAGGUGAUCAAAGUGGAGCGACCAGGUAUAGGUGAUGACACCAGAGCCUGGGGUCCUCCAUUUGUAGGAGCAGAGAGCACCUAUUUCCUAAGCGUGAACCGAAACAAAAAAAGUAUUUCUGUGGACCUGAAGCAUCCCAGAGGUGCGGCCGUCAUCCAGGAGCUUGCAGGAGUGUGUGAUGUGCUGGUAGAAAACUACAUUCCAGGGAAACUACAUCAGAUGGGUUUAGGAUACGAGCAGCUGAGCAGAGUGAACCCACAACUCAUCUACUGCUCCAUAUCAGGUUAUGGACAGACUGGUCCUCGGUCUCAGAGUCCAGGCUACGACUCCAUUGCCUCUGCUGUGUCGGGGAUGAUGCACAUCACUGGGUCGGAGGAUGGUGAGCCAGUGCGUCCAGGCGUUGCCAUGACGGACCUGGCAACGGGACUGUAUGCACACGGAGCCAUCAUGGCCGCCCUGCUGCAACGACAGAAGACUGGGCAGGGAGUUCACAUCGACUGUAACCUGCUGUCUUCACAGGUUUCCUGUCUCAGCCAUAUUGCUGCUAACUAUCUGAACGCAGGGAAGGAGGCGAGGCGCUGGGGGACCGCCCACGAGAGCAUCGUACCUUAUCAGGGCUUCAAAACCAAAGACGGACACAUUGUGGUGGCUGCAGGCAACAACAAACAGUUUGUCAAAGUCUGUCAGGUUCUGCAGCUGAUGGAGCUCACAGACGAACCAAAGUACAAAACCAACAAGCUGAGAGUCCAAAACCGCCAACAGUUGCUGCACACGCUCUCACAGAGGUUUCUGCAGGAGAAGACAGCUGAUUGGCUGAAGAGGUUUGAGGGCUCAGGUGUUCCUGUUGGGCCAAUCAACAGCAUUCAGGACGUGUUUUCUGAUUCACAGCUGUCCCUUCCUUCACUGCCGCUAGGCUCCAGUGCCUUGCUAAAGGGCACCUGGCCUGAUAGGAGAACGCUGACAGCAGCUCUUCACUCUUCACAAAAAAUCAUCCAGAAGCCACCUGCAGUAUCUUCGUCAACAAAGCAGCCCACCUUAGCCCUUCCAGAAGUACUACAACAACAGAAGAAGUGACAAAAGUUCCAAGGAGGCCAAAAUGUUAAACAGGGCAGUGGCAGAGUUUAUCUGUUUGGAUGAAGUUCCCAUAUACACUGUUGAAAAGUCUGGAUUUAGAGAACUAGUGAGGAAGCUAAAUAACAGAUCCCAACUGUCUGGCAGGAUUUUUUUUAUGUUCAAUGAAAUUCCCAAGCUCUACACAGAAACAAGAGAGGCAGUCAGGUCAGAACCUAAAGAGUCAAAGUACUUCUCCUGUACCACUGACUUCUGGACCAGCAGAGCCAUGGAAGUAUACAUGGCUGUUACUUUCCAGUCAAUCUCAGCAAACUGGGAAAUACAAGCUUGGUGCUUAGGUUGUUCUGCAAUAAAGAGUGACCACACAACAGAAGGUGUGAGGGAAGCAUUUGAUGAGAUUAUUGAUGAGUGGAGCUUAGAAAUCUCAGAAAUGUCUGGACUCACAACAAACAACACAUCAAACAACAUCAAGACCUUGAUGUCUCUGAUUAUCCCUGGAUUUUGUGUUUUGGGCACAGCUUGGAUUUGGCCGUUGACAAAGCAUUUCGCAUUGAUUGGGUCUCUGCCACCCUGUUCAGGCUACGAAAGACCAUCUCUGCUUUUAGUAGAUCAUCCAAGAUGACCAGGCAGCUCUCAAAAAAGCAAACAGGCUUGAACUUGGUAAACCACAAACUCAUCCAGGAUGAAAAGAUGCGCUGGGGUUCUGCUUAUGACAUAGUGGAGAGGUUUGUAGAACAACAAGAAGCAAUGUGUGCCGUGCUGGCAGAAAACCUAAAAAAAGUGGCCCAAGGAUACUGACAUCACCACUAUCGAAACCAUUAAAGAGGUGCUUGGCCCAUUGAGAAGAUUUACAGAAGCACUGAGCGGAUAGCAACACCCCUGCAGUCCAGCCACUUGUGUGGGAGAUACAGUCAUGUCUUACAGUCUCUGAAUCUGAUAGCAACCUGGCACGUGACAUGAAAGAGAAAUUAAGUGUUGAUCUAUAAAAUGGAUACCAAGACAGGGAACUACAAAAAGUAUUAAACUGUGCCACAUUUCUUGAUCCUCGAUUUAAAGAUUCAUUCAUUUCAAUGGAACAGGAGGUCAAAGAAAUGCUGCUGGAGCAAGCAUGUACUCUCCAGGACUCCAGAGAGACCACUCGACAACCUGAGGGAGAUACAGAGCCAGGGAGCAGCAAACAAGCCAGCAAACGGGCCAAGUCAGACAUGGGAGGGCUUCUUUCAAGCAUCAAGUCAAAGAAGUAAAGAAGCAAGCACUCGGAUGUCAGUCGGUGAGACCUCUACACUUGGACACGGGGAAAAACUUCAGAAUGAGAUUGAAUUCUAUUGCAAAAUGGAGGAGAUUUGUGCUGAGGACAGCCCACUUAGUUGGUGGAAACAGAAUGCAGGAACUUUUCCUCUGCUCGCAUUGUGUGCAAAAAAAUACUUAUGCAUUUCUGCAUCGAGUUGCGCCUCAGAAUGGGUGUUUAGCAUCUCAGGGACAAUAUGCAACCCAAAACGAGUUAGGUUGACACAAGAAACAUGAAUAUGCUUAUUUUCCUUGCAAAAAACUUGCCUGAAGUGAAGUGACGUAAACUGUAAAAGCACUGUUAAUGCUGCUGAGUGGUUAACCCAAAGUUUACAUACUGGUCUUGUGCCUUGUUUUCCUGUGGGAAAAAAAAGAAGAAAAAAAUGUAGCCUAUCUGAAGUAUGAAGGGGUUGAAGGCUGUUAACGCUCUUGCAUCUGAGCUGCUGAGUAUAUCAGGUUAACCUAUUUAAACGUUUACAUAUGUGUGCCUUGUUUUCCUGAAGUGAAAGCGAUUGAAUUAUAAAAGCACUUGUAUUAGCUGAGCUGAUGAAUAUUAGCACUGAAAGUUUUAUUUUUUUUUCAUAGCCUAAGCCUUCUAGGCUACAUUUGUUCAAUAUGCUGCUACAAUGCUUUGUGUAUAUGCUGUUUGUUUUCCAGUGACAUUUAUUUUAUU